UGGCAGAUUGUUUCAUUCCAGCUCCUACUUCUGUCCGAAAGUACCAACUUCCGCGUGUUCUAUCAAAGAUGUAAAACAAAUCACCAAUCACUUCCGUCAUCUAAAAAUAGUGUCAUCAUAUUUAUUUCAUUAAAAAGAAGAAAAAAAAUUGCCAAUCUUUUGAUUUUCUUUUUUUUUUUUUAUUUCUUAAGAAAAAUAAUUUUCUCAGUGUGAACAAAAAGUUGUUUUUUUUUUUUUUUUUAAUCAAAACGUCAAGAUAUAAAGAAUGAUUAUUCGGGAGAUCAAAUGAUACACCUGUUCCGGUUUACGGCUCGUUAAACACGUCGAUAUUGCUGCGCGCUCGUGCUUCUGUGGUCUGACCCAAAGAUAAACGAGUUUAUCACUUCGAAAGCUCUGCAGUGUGAGUCACAUGGGGAAUUUUCUGGCAAGCAUUUCACUCAGUGGAUGUCUCAUACUUUUGAAAAAUAUCCCUUUCUCAUGUAUUCCCAUCAGCCCGUCAGAGUACAGGACACGAAACAAUAUCGGCAAAUAGCCUUUCCGAUUGCUGUUGGGACAUAACUCAGACACUUGACGGUGCAGAAGAAUCAUUUUGAAGCAAUAAGCAGUUAAAAUCAAAUGAUUCGUCAAAAUAAAUCACGAAAAAUGAUUGGCUUUAAUGUUAAUUGAACACAAAAGUGUAAGAAAAAAUCUUUAGAUGAAUAAUGAUGAAAAUGGAGAAUUAAAUAAAUGAAAUAAUUAAAUAAAAAAGUCGUUAAAGAUGAAAAAAAAGUGAAUCAAAGCUUGAAUGAAAAUUUGUUAAGUUGAUUUCGACGUGAAAGAACUCACGAUUUGUUGGAAACGUGUGUAGAGGGCGAUAGAAAAUAGGAUAGGAGAUAGAAUAGAAUAAGGGAGGAAAGAAAGUUGAUAGCAUUGUGUGUGAAAAAGUGAAUAAAAGAAAAAGAAAGGAAAAUGUGUUGCUCUGGAGGCACGAGUGGUUCCAGGAUGACCCGAUGUGGAGUCGUUUGUGGUCUGGCAGCACUCGCCGCACUUUCGACUGCACUUCUUGGCCCAGCUUGGCUUCACACUGAAGAAAAACUUUUCCUUCCACAUCUUCCACGACAGUUUGCGUCUACAGUCAGUGUCAAAUUCAAACUUGGACUUUUCAAAGUAUGUCCAAAGAUAGUAAAGCCAGCUAAUUUAACAAUUCAUAUAACGACACCGCCUUGUACAUAUGUGAGGUACAAUAGUCUAGCAGACGUGACAUCGCAAGAGCUUGGCUUCAAUCAGUUGGAUUUCACGCCAGAGGUGGUAUCAAAAAUGAGAAUAUCAGCACCUUUUCAACUAGCAGCAGCAGCUCUGAUUCUUGCUGGUACAUUUUCCGCAAUGAUUGGCCACUGUUAUGCUGAUCAUAAGACCGUGAUAGCUUGCGGGUUGUUUCUACUGGGUGGACUUGCUCUAGGAGGAGGACUUAUAGUACUCGCAUCAGCACUCUCCGAUGCAUCUUUUGAAUCACCAAGAUAUAGCUUUUCAUCCAUAACAACUUCAGAUGAGGAUAAUGGCCUACCGCAAUAUCAAUAUGGCUGGUGUUUGCAACUUUCAGGUUUGGCUCUGAUCCUUGCUGAAAUUGCAGCCCUCUUAACUGUGUCCGGCUAUAUGGCAAGAUUUCCAACAGUCGAAGAAAUGGUUCAAGUUAUGGUUCCUGGUGCUGCACGAAAGUUAAGAGAACAGCAUGGAUUAUCAUCGGAAUAUCUCGUAAGAACUCAUCAAAAAUCCCCUGGAGCUUCUCAAGCAAGAAAUUUUGAUCCUCCAACAAAAGACGUGAUUUUAGGACCACAAAGUCUUGGAGAAGAGGGGACAUCACUUUUAUGCAAGUCUGCGCCAGAUAUCUGUGCAUCAAACCCUCAGGCAAUCAGUUAUGUCGAUAAAGCAGAUCUUUCACACAUGUUACCAGCAUAUCCCGAUGCGCAAAAUGUAGACCCCCGAUUUACGUUCGUCGAUAAAGCAGAUCCUGGUGUUGUCGACUCACGGCUCAGUGGAUUCGCUGAUAAAGAAGGUCUCAUGGACUCUCGAAUGCUUCCCGAUUCCCGGCAAAAUAUGAUUGCGUUCACCGACAGUAAAGAGCACAUUCACGGGCAAGAGCCCAGGUAUGUGACCUGUUGCCAAAAUGAAUGUUUAGAUCAUUGUUCUGUUGAACCUGUGUUUGAUACGAAUAAUGUCAUGACUGUCCUCGAUCCCAGGCAUGUCACCUAUGCUGAUAACACCAAGAACGAAUCUCUGCUGGAUGCUCCAGUUGGAUAUGGUCGAUAUAAUCACAUGGCAGGACAAACAGUACCAAUAACGCUGAAACAUCAAAAUAGUCCAACAGUUUCUGCUAUUCCUACUCAACAAAUGUAUCAAAACUUCGGGACAAUUCAUUCAGGAAUUCUCAGGGUAUCAGAACCAGGUACUAGUUCUAGCUCCAACUCCAGUCAACGCAGUAUGACCUUACAAAAUCCUAAACGAAAGUCUCAGAUUGCUCAGAAUACCUUCAGCACCCUUGAAUGUGAAAAGAGAAAACAACGAGCGCCUGGUAUCGCUGGUAAAACAAGCUUUUACACUGGAAGUGCUGUAUGACCACCACCACCACCACCUACCCCAAGAUAACUUCGAGAGGACGAAUCGACGUUGUAAUUUUUCAAGCUACCUUGAUCAUAUUAUUCUCCGUCGUUUAUUUAUCCCCACUCGGUUACAUGGGUUGGCUGGUGACAACGAAACAUUGAUUGAUAUGGUAACAUAACGUCUGAUUAAAUAAGACUUUUGCACUGUUAAGCUAUGGAGUGUAAUGAUAAUGAAAAUUGUAUGUGAUAACUCCUAAGUAAUGAUAGGAAAGAUAAUAAAAAUAAAGUAAGGAAGCUAUAACUAUAAAUAAAAUGUAAAUAAAAUUUUUA